AUGUUUCGGUUGAAACAUCAUUGUUUAAUCUCACUUCUUAUUGCAUUGGCAAAAGGACAUGGAUAUGGUUACGGUUACGACGGUUAUGGAAAUGGUAAAACAACAAAUAUUAUAGUAAAUAAGGGGCAUGGAUAUGGUUACGGUUACGGCGGUUAUGGAAAUGGAUAUGGUUACGGAUACGGCGGUUAUGGUAAUAGAGGACAUGGAUAUGGUUACGGUUAUGACGGUUAUGGAAAUGGUAAAACAACAGAUAUCAUAGUAAAUAAAGGUCAUGGAUAUGGUAACGGUUACGGCGGUUAUGGAAAUGGAUAUGGUUACGGAUACGGCGGUUAUGGAAAUGUAAAUAAAGGAAAUGGAUAUGGUUUCGGUUAUGGAAAUAGAUAUGGUUACGGUUAUGGAAAUGGAUAUGGUUACGGUUACGACGGUUAUGGAGAUGGUAAAACAACAAAUAUUAUAGUAAAUAAAGGUCAUGGAUAUGGUUACGGUUACGGCCGUUAUGGAAAUAGAGGACAUGGAUAUGGUUACGGCUACGACGGUUAUGGAAAUGGUAAAACAAAAAUUAUUAUAAAUAAAGGACAUGGAUAUGGUUACGGUUACGACGGUUAUGGAAAUGGUUACGACGGUUAUGGAAAUGGAUAUGGUUACGGCUACGACGGUUAUGGAAAUGGUAAAACAAAAAUCAUAGUAAAUAAAGGACAUGGAUAUGGUUACGGUUACGGCGGUUAUGGAAAUGGAUAUGGUUACGGAUACGGCGGUUAUGGUAAUAGAGGACAUGGAUAUGGUUACGGUUACGGCGGUUAUGGAAAUGGUAAAACAAGAAUCAUAGUAAAUAAAGGACAUGGAUAUGGUUACGGUUACGGCGGUUAUGGAAAUAGAGGACAUGGAUAUGGUUACGGUUACGACGGUUAUGGAAAUGGUAAAACAACAAAUAUUAUAAUAAAUAAAGGUCAUGGAUAUGGUUACGGUUACGGCGGUUAUGGAAAUGGAUAUGGUUACGGAUACGGUGGUUAUGGUAAUAGAGGACAUGGAUAUGGUUACGGUUACGGCGGUUAUGGAAAUGGUAAAACAAGAAUCAUAGUAAAUAAAGGUCGUGGAUAUGGUUACGGUUACGGUGGUUAUGGAAAUGGUAAAACAAGAAUCAUAGUAAAUAAAGGACAUGGAUAUGGUUACGGUUACGGCGGUUAUGGAAAUAGAGGACAUGGAUAUGGUUACGGUUACGACGGUUAUGGAAAUGGUAAAACAACAAAUAUUAUAGUAAAUAAAGGUCAUGGAUAUGGUUUCGGUUAUGGAAAUAGAUAUGGUUACGGUUAUGGAAAUGGAUAUGGUUACGGUUACGAUAGUUAUGGAAAUGGUAAAACAAAAAUCAUAGUAAAUAAAGGAAAUGGAUAUGGUUACGGUUACGACGGUUAUGGAAAUGGAUAUGGUUACGAUUACGGCGGUUAUGGAAAUGGCAAAACAAAAAUCGUAGUAAAUAAAGGACAUGGAUAUGGUUACGGUUACGACGGUUAUUGAAUUGGCAAAUACAAACUAUUUUAUAAAUUUUAAUGAGGAGUUAGACUUGCCACUUUACGAAGUGGAACUAGAAUAUACUGGCUAUAAAGACCUUUUUGUUGCUGCUUCUAAUAAAAAUUUUCUUCAAAGCAUCUUGCAAACA